AUGAGUGGAAUUGGUCCUAAACAGCUACACAAUAUGGCAAUGCCACCGGUCAAUGGGAUGACUUCAGUUUCACAUACGAUCACGAAUUUGAAGCGAUGGUCAGUAUCCGGAAAGGAGCUUCCUGCUGUCUCGCAAAUAAAAGCAAUUCAUGUCUACGACUUCGACAACACUUUAUUCAGCAGCCCCUUACCCAAUCCACAACUAUGGAAUGGGUCUACAAUCGGUUAUCUCCAGACGUACGAAGGUUUUUCCAACGGGGGAUGGUGGCACGAUUCAAAUAUUCUUGCAGCAACUGGACAAGGAGCUGACAUUGAGGAGACUCGAGCCUGGGCGGGGUGGUGGAAUGAGCAAGUGGUUCAAUUGGUCGAGUUGAGCAUGAAACAGAAAGAUGCAUUGACUGUGCUCCUUACUGGUCGGGGGGAAGACAACUUUACAGACAUCAUCAAACGCAUUGUCGGUAGUCGCAAGCUUGACUUCGAUCUCAUUUGCCUUAAACCGGAAGUUGGCCCAAAUGGCCAACAAUUCGCAUCUACUCUCGUGUUCAAACAGACAUUUCUUGAAUCUCUGGUCUCUACGUAUAGCCACGCAGAGGAGAUUCGAGUCUACGAAGAUCGAAUCAAGCAUGUGAAAGCGUUUCGCGACUUCUUCACCUCAUUAAAUGAACGUCUUCAGACUCAAGGCGAUAGAAAGCCACUUAAUGCGGAAGUCAUUCAUAUCGCAGAAGGCACUCUUCAUCUUGAUCCCGUCACCGAAGUUGCCGAAGUUCAGAAGAUGAUUAACGAACACAAUCUGCGAUAUCACGAUUCAGCACAAAAUCUAACGAAAUCACCAUAUGGACGGUUAAAGAUUAGGCGAUCCGUUUUCUAUACAGGUUACCUCAUCGAUGAGACGAAUUCUAAUCGUCUGAUAUCAGACCUUUUACAACCGGCGUUACCCGCGGGUCUAGCUGAAGGUAACGAGGUAAAACCACUUGCUAAUAUCAUCGUGAUCACACCACGGCCAGCACCAAAGUCCAUCAUCAACAAGGCUGGUGGCAUGGGAAAGACAAUUAGCUGGCGAGUAACUGGACUAGGUCACUGGGACCAUAAAGUGUGGGCAGCACGUGUUGAACCAGUAUCAAAGAAUGAAUCUUACUACACUGAAACUCCUGUACCCGUGGUCGUUCUUGGACUUCGGAGAGGUGCGCGGCCUGUGGAUGCAAAUCGCAUUCAAAAAUGGCAACCUGUCCACCCCGAGUCAGCCCUUGUAUUCGAUGCCGUCGUAGGGGAGAGAGUCGUUCUACGGGUAGAUGAGGAUACAUCAGAUGGAGAUUGGAGUACUUACCAUGGCAACAAAAAGAACAAGAGACGACACCCGGUCGGUCAUCGAGAUGAGGACAUGCCAGAUUCGGCAAGAAACAGCUUUGACUCAAAUCCCUAUCAAGCACUCAAUGAACAUGCUCCAUACAGACGCUCACCUCACGGCGGGCGCAGUCAGAACGAUUCCAGCCAUCGGGGCCGGGGUCGAGGAGGACGGGGCUCUGGUUUCGGCAGAGGACGAGGGUCCUCGCGCGGUGGUGGUCGUGGUCGUGGCCGCGGUAAUGAUAAUGCCAGCCGUGCAUACCAUGGCUAUCGCUCGCUUGACGAGCAGAGGAUGGGUUCCGAUAACGGAAACGAAUCUCAGAGCAAUGCCAAUGGCGGUGUACCGUUGAUGAACUAUUGA